CAACCGCUGCAGCCGCGUUCCGAUGGGGCGAUUCCAAAAACGCUCGACUUUGGGCUGAAGGACUUCCAGCUGGUCGAAUAAUUAUUUCUCCCCAAGCAUGAUUUUCUUGCUCACACAUGUGCUGCUUGUGAGUAGUGCCGCACAUUUAUUGCUUCAGAAAACAGACUCCGACAUCACGAGCCGCAUAGUGGCCUAAACUUUGACGGAGUCGCUGCAUACGUCUACGGGAAAAAGGCCAUGAGUUCUCUAAGAAGCGUGUGUCGAAAGAUAGGCUUAUCUGGCACCAUCUUUCGCCGCACGGUGCCAAAUUGCACUGAUAUUUACUACAGGAGGAGAGUCGAGCAAGGAAUCCAUUCCUACUUUCGCGCCUCCUCUCGGACGCUAUCUCUAGUCUCCAAAUCGUAACGCGGGGUCCUCCAUGUGACAAGCGCCGCACUAGUGAUAUCCGGAGCAGCCACAAGUCGUCGCGUCCGCUACUCGGCAAGUUUUUCACUGCGCACACAAAAGUUUAGUCGUGUAGUAGGCACGGUGGAAGUGGUAGUAGGUGUUCACCGUGCAGCACCAUGCUCGCCAAAUUUUCGCGCUCUGUGCAUUUGUGUUCUAUCCGAUCGCUUGACGGGUUUCGUAUCAACGCGGUGCGGCGAGCGUCUCAAGGAAAGUGUCUGGACAUCUCUGGCAUUUAUCCGCCGAUUACGACUCCCUUCGAUGCCAGCUCGGGUCGCGUGUCAUACGAGAAGCUCGAGCAGAACUUGAAGCGCUGGUCGUCACUGCCGUUUCGCGGUCUUGUCGUGCACGGUUCUACUGGAGAGUGUGUGCUCCUCACGGUCGACGAGCGGCUCGAGAUCGUACGCCGAGUGAAAUCUUCGCUGCCUGACGACAAGCUCCUCAUCGUGGGCGUGGGUCAUGAGUCUACGCAGGCCACGAUCGAAUUGGCGGCCCAUUCAGCGAAGGCCGGUGCGUCGGCCGUGCUUGUCGUUACGCCGUGUUUCUACAAGGGACGCAUGACAGCCGACGCCCUCGAGAAGCAUUUCGCCCGGGUGGCCGACGAGAGUCCGGUGCCUGUGAUUCUCUACAGUGUGCCCGGUAACACGGGCGUCGACCUGCCUGCCGACGUGGCGAUAAGUUUGUCGGCGCACCCGAACGUGAUCGGCAUGAAAGACAGCGGAGGAGAGAUCGCCAAGAUCGGCUACAUAGUGCACAAAACGAGACAGUCCGGCUUUCAAGUGUUGGCCGGCUCCGCUGGAUUCCUACUGCCUUCGCUACAAGUCGGCGCUGUUGGCGGCGUGUGCGCUCUGGCCAAUACACUCGGCGCUGAGGUCUGCCGCCUGCAGGAGUUACACGAAAGGGGAGACGCGACGGAGGCUCGUAACUUGCAGCACCGACUGAUUGCGCCGAACGCUGGCGUGACAAAGCGGUUCGGCAUUGCGGGAGUGAAGGCGUCCAUGGAAUGGUUUGGGUUAUACGGAGGUCCAGUUAGGUCGCCCCUUUUACCACUUACCGAGGGCGAACGGUCUGAAUUGAAGAAGAUAUUCACGGAAGAAGGAUUUCUGAACCCGUAGACAGUGCGUGUUGCAGUGCGGAACGAGCUAGCUCGUGUGAAAUGUCGCGAAUGCUGUUAUCGUUGUUGCGUUGCACGCAUAAAAUAUAUUUGUCGAUUUAUAUUCUGCGCGUGAAAAGAAAUGUAUGAAAAUAUUGUCGGUAGAUAAAGUGGAACCAGUCGUCAUAAUAAGGUAUACGCAAAUUUAAAGAAUUAUAAGUUGGGGCUUUACGUCCUAAUGUAACCGCCGGAAUGAUGCCGCCGCCACCCGAAAUCCGACUACAUUUGAAGGAAGGCGCAGGUACUGCGUAGAAAUUUGUGUCUUAGGGAGAGGCCAUGAUAGACAGGGAAAUGGGGGUUGGCGACCACCGGCCAACUCUCCUGACACUGAUGUCAAUCAUAGAGGUAUUUCCCAUAUGACGGUCUUGAGCGAGCAGGCUGAAACUUGCAGCGAAAUUAAGCUAGCGAAGUAAGCAUAUGGUAUUUUUUUAAUUCGAAAAAAAAAAAAAAUGUGCUCACGUCGCCGGUAUGUAUAUGUGUUCUAGAUAUGGUUACAAGACUAUGUCAAGCGUAAAGGCAAUGUUAUAUC